GGUCGUCAACAGUGCAUUAAGUGUUAACAAUACAAUAUUUUUACUUGGAUAUGCAUUCACAUUACUCAUGACCCUUUCAGCUCAAGAGCCAACAAACUACUGUAAAUCAAGUUUAUGCCCGGUUCAAAAACCUCAUAUCGCUUGCAAUGCAACGCAAACUUUCGGUCCAAAAUGCGGCUCUAAGGCCUACCUUGUGGCAAUGAACUCUACGAACGUGGCAUUGAUCCUAAAACUGCACAACCUCUACCGAAGUGUUAUAGCUCAAGGCAAGCAGAACUACACCAAGAGCGAGUAUUAUCCACCAGCAGCACGGAUGCCCACACUUCAAUGGGAUGACGAACUGGCGUUAAUUGCCGCAGCAAACGCGCGCCACUGUGUGUUCGAGCAUGACAAGUGUCGCAAUACAAAUCAACUGCGUGCUGUUGGUCAAAAUCUGGCAUGGAUAUCCUACUACGGAAUGGUCCAAAUGGAUGCGCAACUGAUCACGCAGAUGGUCAACUAUUGGUACGAUGAGUACAUCUAUGCGAACCAGAGCAUAGUUGAAAAAUAUCCCCGAACCCACCGAGGACCAGCGAUUGGACAUUUCACAGCAAUGAUAGCGGAUCGUUCCAAUAAAAUCGGCUGUGCAAUGGUCAGUUUCGUUGACUCGCCUUGGUUAAGGAAAUAUCUGGUCUGUAACUAUUCCAUAACAAACAUCAUCAAUCAACCGGUGUACAAAUCUGGACCUACUGCAUCGAAAUGUGCAACCGGACAAAAUCCUGAUUAUAUUGGUCUUUGCAGUGUGAAUGAAGUGGUCGAUUCGAAUCCUUUUGGAUUAAAGUAAAAUUGGUUCGGGUGGCAAAGUUGA